GCUGCCGUGCCAUUGGUCUUCUACCGGGUGAAGCUGCUGCUGCCUCAGAGUCAGUGAGGCGACAAACUGGGGCUGGUCCCGGGCUGAGAGUCUCCACAAUGAGCCGGACUCACAUGCAGAGCAGCCUGACGCACAAAACCGACUGAACUUAACGUGCAGACCUUCACUUGGUGACAUUUUUUUUUGCACAUUUCAGUCUCCGAGACGCCUCUUUUUGAAGGACGAGUGACUGGCACCGGCUCCUCUCAUGAUUCCAUCCCGCUAAAAGGCUCUUUGCAGAGGCAACAACAGUUUCUCCAUGGCGUGUCCACAACAGUCAAGAAUUCAGUCGUAUCUGGAGAAGAAUAAAAUCGGACCCUUGUUUGAGGAGUUGAUGACCAAAUUGAUAACUGAGACUCCCGACCAUCCAAUCCCUUUUCUCAUUGAUCACCUGCAGACCAAGCAAGACAGCCCUGGCAAGCUGCACAGAGCUCUCUCUGGCUCCGCAGCACUGUGGGCGCAGAGCUCCCCAGAAAGCAAAAACCCUCGAAGGGAGAACAGCAACUAUGAGAAGCCGUGGCAAAUUCACCCAAAGAAACCGAAAAAGUCCAAGAGCGACCUGGCUGUUUCGAGUAUCUCUCCUCCUUCACCAGAAUCUAAGUCUUUGCCGCGGUCAAUCGAGUACCCGUCCUGGGACUGGAGGGAGAGCCGGGACUUUGACGAGCUCAACCACAUCCUGCAGGAGAGCAAGAAGCUGGGCAAGGCCCUGGAGAGUCUGUCACGCAGCAUCGCCAUCUCUGAUGAGCUCGACCAGAACUUGGGAGGCUAUAACUCAGCGGUGCGCCCUCGGGUGGUGGGGGAGUGGGUUGGUCGGGAAGAAGAGGACGCGGACCCGCUGGCUUCUGAGAUGCUGCAACCCCCUGUCCCUCGGGCUAAAACUGAAGUGUGCUGGAGUGGAGACAGCAGCCCUGCUGGGAGCCUGAAAAUGGAAACUAAGAGCAAAGGGCUGAGGGAGCAGCAGCAGCAUCACAAGAAGCUCCUGGCUGCCAUGUUGUCCCAGGACUCCUUUGAUUCGGUCCAUAGCCCUGCCCCCUCCGUCGCAGAGGAAGAGAUGGAGGACGAGGACGAUGCCAUGGAGCUUCUGGAGGACCUAGAUGACCUGAGGAUGGAGGGUGUAACGGGCUUGGCUCCAUCCGGCAGCAAGUUCAGCCAGGGACGCAGCUCCUAUCAGCCUGAACCGCAGGCCAAAGUUACACUCAACAUCUGCUCUAGGUGUGCCAGGUUGCAGGGGGACAGUCUAUCAGACGGCAGAUCUGAAGAAGAGCACAGGCCUCACAUAUCUGAACAAGCUGUACCGGACAUCUCCUCUCCAUUGCCCGGGGUGGACACAGUGGCGGGACGGUUGAAGGAAUGCGAGGCCUUGUCUCAAGUGUCAGGCUCUCGUCAUGCUGUCUGGGAGGCUGAUCUGAAGGCUGUGAGAGGUGGGAGCUCUGUCGGGCAGACGGGCCUGCUACUGGGUGACUCCCUCUUUUCUAAAGAGCUGGAGAACAUGGGCAAACAGCUCGCUGAGGUUGAGAAGGACCUGGCCAAGCUGGCAGAAGUAGGGAAGAUGACCACCCGGAGCGCCAAUAACCCGCACAGUAGUCUGCUCCACACCCCUCUGCGCCACAGAACGCUACCCGACACGCUUCCUCUCACCAGCCUGCUCUCUAGACCCCAGUCUCCGGCUGGCAGCCUCUCAGGCAAGCCCUGCGGCGUGGGCCUCCCUCUGCUCAGCCCCAAGCCCACCUCCCUGGUCAUGGGUCGGACUCAAUCUCCCAGCAACCCUGGGAGCAGGACUCAAACCCCCAGAACGCCCAGCAGGCCCCUGACCCCGAAUAGUUUACUGACACGCUCCACCUUUAACCCUGGAGCUCAUAAAGAGGUGACCUUCAGGAGGUCGCGGAGCCGCCCUGUGACGCCUACAUGUCAGCCCACACGUCCCCGAGCGCUGCUCACCCCUCCUGGGCUAAGCACUACAGACAGCCUUGGUGCCAGCCUACGGGCCUAUCUGUCUGAGGAUGAGUUUUACCAGCAGUUACAGGCUAUACGACAGCCUUGGCAUAUCCCCAGUGACACAGACAGUGACAUCCUGGAGCCUCCUGAACAGGAUAAGAGUGGUGCCCGAGAUGCCAAUAAGAGAUCUGUGUUUUCAGGCCUAUAGUGACGGAAGACCAGAGAUCCAAUCAAACUAUUAUGCAAACCACUGGACAUUUUGAAUAUGUGUACAGAGACAAUUAUUUUUAUAAUUCAUAUGAAUGGAGAGAAAAAAAAAGAUUGUAUACUUUUUACACAGAUAUUUCAUAGACAUUGUACUGUAACUGUAUGAUAAAAAUGUCAAAAAUAUUACUUCAGAGUAUGGAAUAUAACAUUUAUUUUUGUUUGCUCUAUAGCAUGCUAUUGCACUUCCAUGUGGAGUCCAGAAACGGAUGCAUUUUGUUGUCUUUUUCUAGUGCAUAUUCACGUUAUGAGCGGGGCAGCACACCCAUGUUAAGAAAGCGUUUAUUGAUAUGCACUGUUAAAAGAUGUAGUGUUUUUCCAAUUGCAAGUUGUGGAGGGAAUACAAGGAAUGCUGUUAUAUUAAUUAAAAUGAUUUGGUGCACAUGUCCCCCGUUCUUUUGACCCUAAUGUCAUGUGCUUCAUUUUGUAUUCGUAUGAAUUUUAACACGCAAAUGCAAAUAGUCAUCCCGUCUCAUUAAAAAAACACACUGAAGUCAUUAUUUAAAUGAGUAAAGCUGUCAUAACACACGCUCUGUUUAAUCCAGUCUCUCCCAGAUACAUGAUCCAUGUAACUUUGUGUCUCUAACACGUACUGUGGUGCUGACAGAGACGCAGAAAGCUGCUCUAACCGUGACUACAUCGCUCUUGUGUGUUUGCCUGGGCAUGUGUUGGUUAAACUGUGGUUGUCUGAGUGUUACACAGGCGACGUCGGCUCCAGAGACAAACACACAUUUGGACACACCCUCCAGCCUGACACAGUCUGAUCCCUUCGUUCGAACCCUGCUGAGUUUUGCGGUAUAGUAUACCCAACUUUUCAGACUGUCUCUCGGGAUGUGGUCAACAAACUACUUAACUCUCUCGCUCCCAUUUCUCUGAGGGUGAUUCCUGUAAAAGGAUGUGUGAGAAGACUAAUCACUUGAAACCCCAUCCUGUGAAACAUGGCAUGCGGAUGAAUGUCCCGUGUAUUCCAGCACAUCAUGUGCUCAUUGGAAAGGGAUGUGGUUUCAAAAGAUCUGGGGAAGAAUUUGAGGACAUGGCAUAAUCGAGUCACAGCGGUGACUUGAUACAAUCUUUAUAUUUCCUGUCAGAAAAGGCAAAUGUAUUGCACUGCAUAUUACAAUUUUCACAUUUCAUAUCCCAUUUCUGUUGGAGUUGGGGAGUGUGAUUGCCAUCUGUUCUCGUUCCACAGAUCACCAGCGCACUGACUCUACGUUUAUACUAUCAAUAUUUUCCCUGAGUUCAUAUGUCUCCUCCAGUCUUUCAUUUAUGUCCGCAAAAUAUCAAGGCAUGAAGGAGUUCUGGAAGAAGUUGAAGAUGAAGACUUAAAAUGACUACCACAGAUGUCACACAAAGACAGCGCUCUGAUACUUUUCCCCCUCAGUGUAUAUCUUUCAAUGUCUCGGUAUGUCACAACUUAUAAAGAUGAAAUGGUGGGACCACUACUUCUCGCCACAACUUGCAUCAAAUAUCAGAUUAUAGCCAUAUGACUUCUUAUUGAUGAGUCCAAAGAUGAUUAAUUUAAUGCUUCUCAUACAUAAUUAUCUGUAUCAGUCACAUAUGUCAUGUGUAGAAUCGAGAUAUCAAGUUUUAUAACAUCAAUACUCCAAUAUCAUCUUAAAGUAUGUUUACUGUGUAGGAUUUAUACACCAGGCCCAUUCAAAGCAACUGCAAGGGCCACCCAGGAACAGCGGCAGACGUCACUGUACUUACAGGGAGAUCCGGACCACCAUCAAAGGUCAGCAGACUGACCCAGGUCUUAAUU